ACCCCGGCUCCAAAACCCGUAGCCUUAGCCAUUGACAGCGUGCACGGCAGCGCUACGCGUGUCUUGGUCAUCGCUGCAGCGGUGCGCUGCAACCAUGGACGCCCCCCUGCCAAAACCACCCACCGACGACGCCAAGCCCCCGGCCCCACCCAAGGAGGACCGGCCCAUCGGCCCCUGGGGCGGCGAGCCCAUGCCGGCGGACCCCGACAAGGACGAGGACUGGCCGGCGCCCGGCCCGGAGAUCCCCGCGCCGUACCAGGACCAGCGGCCGGACCCCGAGGUCUUCGGCGGGCCGGACCCGGGCGCGCCGCCGCCGAACCCGAACCCCCAGACCUUCGAGAAGCCUAGGUUUAUGUGCAACGCGUUAGAUGAUGCCGAGGCCGAGAUGCGCAAGCUCUGGGCGUGGCGCGAGCGGCGGAAGCGCGGGCCGCCGCCGGAUCCGGUAGAGGACGACGAGCGGGCCGUGCCCGCGGCCGAGGUCUGGGCCGCGUGCGCCGUGGCGUUCGCGGAGGCGGACGCCAUCGACGUGACGCUCGCGUGGGAUUUGCUGAGGCGGCGCGUCGCGAACGACGACAACGAGUGCGCGACGGGCCUGGCGUCGAAGGUCCUGGAGGACGGCCUGGGCGGGCUGGAGACCGUGCUGGAGGCGGAGGACGACGACGAGGCCAUGCGCGCGUGUGCGGAUGCCGUCUGCGGCGCGUGGGCCCGGUGCGCGAAGGCCCGGGAGGCGAGCGGGGGCGUCGUCGAGGAUGCGGCGGCGUGCGCAAGCAAUCUCCUCGACCUGAUGCAGCUGGCGCUGACGGUCCGCGCGUACGUCGCCUGUGCCGAAAGUCUACAAAGCCUCUGCCGCACGUCGCCAGAAGCGUGCCACGAAAUCCUACAUGGCGAGGGCGUCCGCGUGCUCGCGACGGCCCUGGCGUGGUGCGUCCUCGACGAGGACAUGAGCAAGGGCGGCCUGCUGAAGGUCGUCGACACGGACCUCGGCUGCGCGCUCGUGGACCUCCUGACGGUUCUGGCCGGAGCCGACGCCACGAAGGUCGUCGGGGACCUGAAGGCGGAGGCGCCCGCGCUCAUCGGCGUCUGCCUGCGCGCGAUCCUGCUCGACGAGCGGCCGCAGUGGACGGUGCCGCCCCUGUGCAAGAGCGGCGUCCACCUCCUGCUGCGCGCGCCGGAGUCGUACUACGCGUGGCUCGUCGCGAACGGGAGCGUGCCCCGGCUGCUGACGCUGCUCGAGCCGCUCGUCGUCCUCUACCUCGUGGAACGGGACCCGGACGCGCAGGAGCCGGACCUCCAGGUCGCGCCCUGCCUCGAGUGCGUCCUGCGGAGCGCGCGGUGCGGCGCGGAGGGGCGCGCGGCGACGAAGGCGUGGAUCUACCCGCCGAAGGACGACGAGCGGUGGCGCGCGGCGCUCGCGGCGAACGCCGCGCGGGCCCAGGACGACGAGGAGUUCGCCGAGGCCGUCGAGGAGCGGCGCAAGCACCCCGUCGACCCGGAGCCGUACGCGAUGCGCACCUUGCUCGUCGAGCUCAUGUACAAGUGCCCCCAGAAGCGGACGCGGCGCCUCGCGGGGGACCUCGUGCUGGAGCUGUGCGGCGGCGACCGGGCCGAGUUCGAGCUGCGGGCCGGGACCGACGCGGCGGGCCGGUACUGGAAGGAGGGGUCGUCGUGAGGGGGGGCGGUGUUUUUUUUAUAAGUUUUGUCCGACUGAGUUCUGCUUCGCC